AUGUUUUUUCUAAAUAUCUCUAUUUUGGCUUAUUCCUUGUUCUUGUUACUUCUUGGUGUCAAAAUCGAAAAUCUUUUGAACGAUGGCUACAGUCUGUUUAUUGAAUAUGUCGGCAUCCCAGUCGCUUUCCUGACGACCCUUGGCGUCUUUCUUUCCUUAGCGAUGCUUAUUUCAUUCGCUAGCUUUUACUGUCGAAAUCGCUUACUCCUGUUCCCGUACGUCUGUCUCCUAUCUGUUCUGAUAGUCACCCAACUCGUCGUCGGUGUGACAUUCUACGCCAAUAAGUCUCGCCUCCUCAGCCUGGUUCCGGAAAUUCUACGUUCUGCAGAAUCUGCGUACAACCGCGAUUAUUUCGCCAACUCCACUUGGAAUUCCAUUCAGCAGGACUUGGAAUGUUGCGGCGUCGAACACUUCCAGGAAUGGUUCCUGUACUUUAGCAACUCUUCUCUUCCAGAUUCUUGCUGUAUUAACUACAGUGUCGAUUGUGGUAUCGACGCAAUUCCAACUGACAACUUUCACAAGGCCGACUGCGCCGGAGCUGCUUACAGGUGGGCUGAACAGCAUAUCAUGGCGACUGGCGUAUCGUUCUUUCUUAUGCUGAUACUACAGAUAAUUUGUCUUCUGUAUUCCUGUUGUUAUUUGCAGACUUGUUACCAACACAACUCUAUAUCUGAUGACUUCUAA